AUGCGCUCCACCACCAUCGUCGCCGCCGGUGUUCUGGCCCUCGCCAGUACCGUUGCUGCCAACCCCGAGCUGCCCGAAGUCUUCCACCAGAUGCUCGCCCGCCAGGCCCCUGGCAGCGCCGAGUAUCAGUGUCACUCUGACUGCGGCUACACUAUCAUCAAUUCCCGCACCCCUGGCUACUGUGACUCGGCCGAGUGGAAGGACCUCCUGAACAAGUGCCUGGCUUGCGCCAACACCUACAACAUGUGGAAGGACUACGGCAACGGAGUCGGCGCUGCCGCCAAGGGCUGCGGCAUCAAUGCUGUCCCAGGCGGCGGUAACUCCGGCUCGAGCUCCUCUGCCGCUGCUCCCACGUCCUCCCAGGCCGCCCCCACCUCAGCCCAGAGCUCCGCUGCUCAGAGCACACCUGCCCAAAGCUCCGCUGCCCAGUCUUCAGCCGCCAAGUCUUCUACCGCCCAGACCUCCGCGGCCCAGACCUCUGCCGCCCAGUCCUCGGCUGCUAAGUCCUCGGCUGCCCAGUCAUCCUCCAAGGCCACCGCUGUCCCCACCACUGCUACCAACGGAACUACCUCCCGCCCUAUCCCUACUGUCACUGCUGGCGCUUCCCGUAUGGCUGUCGGCUCUGUUGUCCUCGGCGCCGGUGCUUUCGUCGCGGCCCUCAUGGUCUAA